AAUACUUUAAAAAUCUUUAACACGAAAUUUUAAAAACGCGUCAUAGGAUAGAUACGUUCUAGCUAGGGCGAACCAGCUCAAAACGAUGACAUCACGAUUCCGAUAAUAAUUCCAAUGAACACACAAAACACACACACACGCACACCAAAUCAUCGUGUUUGACUCUUCCUCUUUCUCUAGCUCCACACACUUGGCACAUUUGCCAGCUGUGCACGUGAAAGCCGCCGCCGCAGCAGCAUUAGCAACAGCAGCACGAACAACGCAAACGUCACCCACUGCACCCAAUACCUAGCACCCAACACGACAUGUCCAAGGCCAAAGGCAAGAAGAAAGAACGCUUCGAUGAAGAGGAGGAGGAACAGCCAGAGAAAGUUAGUGUCAACGAAAAGAAACAUGCGACCAAAAAGGGUAAAAAGGGAAAACGUGCUGGCGGUGGCGGCGGCGAGUCCAGCGAUAAUGAAUCCCUAGCUGCCAGCAAGUUGUCCAAUAACGAUGUCGAUGAUCUGGAAAGCAUAAAGUCUUCGCAGAGCAAACAGCAGCAGAAAAAAGCUGCCAAAAAGGGGAAGAAAGGCAAGAAAAACGACGAUUGGAGUGAUGAUGACAAACCAGUGAAGUCAGUAUCAACGCCUGAUCUCGAUGGCUCUGAUGAGGAAACGACGCCCGUUGCAAAGCCAGCUUCCAAGAAACAACAGCAACAGCACAGCAAGAAAAGUAAAAAGAACAAUAAAAAGAAGGGAAAUGAUGGCUUUAGUGAUGAUGAUGAUGAUAAUAAUGAGGAUGAUGAUGAAAUUGAAGAAGACGAUGAGGAAGAGCCGACGGUAGCUAUAGCCAAACCGGCAGCCAAGAAAUCGAAAAAGAAGCAAAAGCAACAGAAGAAUAAAUUUGCGAUGAGCGAGGAUGAGGAAGACGAUUUGGACGAGAAUGAGGAUGCCCUAGAAGAUCUAGAUGAUGAGCCAGAAGUUAAAGCGGUCAAACCAGCAGCAAAGAAGUCUAAGAGCCAGAACAAAAAUAAAUUCGAAUUGAGUGACAACGACGACGACGAUAAUGACGCCAGCCUUUUAUCCGAAAACCAAGUUGGGGAUGCGAAGCCAAAGGUGGAAUCAGAGACGAAACUGAGUGAAAAGGUUGCGGCAAUCAAGCUAGCAGAAAUUGUAACGGAACAGCCAGCGCCAGUGCCAGAACCGGAGGCGGAGUCUGAGGAGGCGGCGAUCACUCCGAAGUCCGAAGAGUCAUCGGAAGCGAUUGGCGAAUCCAAAGACAAAGAGAAGAAAAUGUCGCAUAAGGAGAAAAAGAAACAUAAGAAACAACAGGAAUACGAACGCCAAAUGGAGCUUAUGACGAAAAAGGGCGGCGCCGGUCACUCGGAUCUGGAUAACAAUUUUACCAUGUCCCAAGUGCAGAAGAGCGCUGGUCAACAGGCGGCCCUCGAGCAUGCAGUAGAUAUCAAAAUUGAGAAUUUCACGAUAUCGGCUAAAGGAAAUGAUUUGUUUGUGAAUGCCAAUCUGCUGAUUGCCCAUGGACGUCGCUACGGCCUGGUGGGUCCCAACGGACACGGUAAGACCACUCUGCUCCGGCACAUAGCCUCACGCGCAUUUGCCAUACCGCCGAACAUCGAUGUGUUGCUGUGCGAACAAGAGGUGGUUGCCACCGAUAAGACAGCUAUUCUUACCAUACUGGAUGCCGAUGUGAAGCGCACCGAGAUGCUGAAGAAGGCCGACGAGCUGGAAAAGCAAUUUGCCGCUGGAGAUCUGAGCGUCCAGGAAGAGUUGAACGACACAUUUGCCGAGCUAAAGGCAAUUGGUGCCUAUUCAGCGGAGGCAAGAGCACGUCGUAUCUUGGCUGGUCUGGGCUUUAGCAAGGAGAUGCAAGAUCGACCCACAAACAAAUUCUCUGGCGGUUGGCGAAUGCGUGUUUCUCUGGCACGUGCUCUGUAUUUGGAGCCAACGCUGUUGAUGCUCGAUGAACCGACAAAUCAUUUGGACUUGAAUGCGGUUAUUUGGCUGGACAACUAUUUGCAAGGCUGGAAGAAGACGCUGUUGAUCGUGUCUCACGACCAGAGCUUCUUGGACAACGUAUGCAACGAAAUCAUCCAUCUGGACCAGAAGAAGCUGCAGUACUACAAGGGCAACUAUUCCAUGUUUAAGAAAAUGUACGUGCAGAAGCGACGUGAAAUGAUCAAGGAAUAUGAGAAGCAAGAAAAGCGACUCCGUGAGCUCAAGGCGCACGGACAGUCGAAAAAGGCAGCCGAGAAGAAGCAAAAGGAAACGCUCACACGCAAACAGGAAAAGAACAAAACCAAGCAGCAGAAACAGGACGAGGACGAAGGUCCGCAAGAGCUGCUGGCCCGGCCCAAGGAAUAUAUUGUCAAAUUUCGUUUUCCCGAGCCCUCACAGCUACAGCCGCCGAUUCUGGGUGUUCACAACGUGACGUUCGCGUUCGAAGGCCACAAGCCUUUGUUUGUGAAAGCCGAUUUCGGCAUUGAUCUGACCAGUCGCGUUGCCAUUGUGGGUCCCAAUGGUGUGGGCAAAUCCACAUUUCUCAAGCUGCUCCUGGGCGAACUGGAGCCGCAAGAGGGCGAACAGCGUAAGAAUCAUCGCUUGCAUGUGGGACGCUUUGAUCAGCAUUCGGGCGAGCAUUUGACAGCUGAGGAAUCGGCAGCUGAAUAUCUGCAGCGUCUGUUCAAUUUACCCCAUGAGAAGGCACGCAAAGCGCUGGGCUCCUUUGGCUUGGUCAGCCAUGCGCAUACCAUCAAAAUGAAGGAUCUUUCCGGCGGCCAGAAGGCUCGUGUCGCUCUCGCCGAACUGUGCCUUAGCGCGCCCGACGUGCUCAUUCUCGAUGAGCCGACCAACAAUCUAGAUAUCGAAUCGAUUGAUGCCUUGGCCGAAGCCAUCAAUGAGUACGAGGGCGGCGUCAUCAUUGUCUCUCACGACGAGCGUCUCAUACGCGAAACGGGCUGCACACUCUACGUCAUUGAAGAUCAGACAAUUAACGAGAUCGAUGGCGAAUUCGACGACUAUCGCAAGGAGGUGCUCGACUCCCUCGGCGAGGUGGUCAACAAUCCGAGCGUAGUGGCCAAUGCGGCUGUGCUGCAAUAGCCUACACAAUAUGAAUUUGUCUCCUUCUCUUUGGCUGUUGCAGAUUACUUCACUAGAUAGCCUUUUUAUACAUAUAUAUAUGUGUGGGCCACCAAAUCCCAAUAAAGCAAACACGCAAUGUUGAAUUUUUUGCAAAA